UGCUCUGGUCUUGCUCUGUUCUCUUGACUUGCUUUGCACACUCUCCCUUCCUCUCUCUCUCUCCCUCUCCCUCUCUCCCUUUCCCUCCCUCCCUCUCUUCCCCCUCUCUUUUCUCCCUCCCCCUUGCUCCUCUUUCCCUUUUAUUCACAAAGCUUUUGCCACAUUGCACAAAUGCAAAGCUUUCAUUGUUUACUACAUUAAUUUUGAACGUUAAAAUAGGCCACCGAAGGAAGAAGUAUCCCACAGCUCCCCGAACAACUACAGCCCCAAGUGGAAAUGAAAAAGCUAUUCCAGAUAGGAAAAAAAGGAGGAAGACUCUGUUACUGAAGUCACAGUCUGUACCCCAAGAAGCCAAGAUCAGCCACACAUCCUUGAGAAGUCAAUUAAAGCAGCCAAAUGAAUAGAAAAAAGCAUCAAAGGGAGAUGGACUCGAUGCAGAGAUGCUGAAAAGAGGGACAGAGACAUCCAGUGACUGCACCGAAGUCUAUCUUCAAGGCCCAGAAGGACACUAAAGUUUAAAUGGAGUAUUAUGGAUAUGCUCAUCUAAGCAAUCCCAGUCAAGGUGUGUGUCUGCCAACCACUGACCCAUCCUUGUCCCAGUAAGGCUAGUAAUUUAGACUCCUUCCCUGCAAAAGAAUUCCCACUUCAAGACUCAUACUUGGUGCUCCGCAAAACAAGAGUCACUACAGGACCAGCUUUGUUUAAAGGAUACUGAUCAUGUUCUCAAAUAUACUGUGUCAGAAAAUGCUGCUAAUGUUCAUGUCACUUUUAAUAAUUACCUGGAUAAUUUUUGAAAUUUCUCAAAGUUCCACAAAGCUUUGGACGACUCUGCACACAUCUAUCUCCUUCUACUCCUGGAACACCUCCAUGAAGUCCUCUUGUCCUGAAAGGCCAAUGAACCAGUCAAGGUUACCAACAGAGACUAAGUUAAGAGAGGAGAUCCCCACAGUGACAAGACGGGUCAAGCCACCAACAGAGAAGGAGCUGAGAAUUAGGGAGAUCCUGGAGAAGCUAAACCAGCAGAUCCCACCCAGACCCUUCACCUACCUCAAUACCACCACCAGUGCCACACACAGCACAGCCACCAUCCUCAACCCUCGAGACAAAUACUGUAAAGGGGACCAGCUAGACAUCUUAAUAGAAGCUAGGGACUACCUAAGAAACAAGAAGAAGUAUGGUGGGGACUUCCUGAGGGCCAGGAUGUCCUCCCCAGCCCUGAAGGCUGGUGCUUCUGGAAAGGUGACAGACUUCAACAAUGGCACCUACCUUGUCAGUUUCACUCUGUUCUGGGAAGGCCAGGUGGCCCUGUCUAUCCUACUCAUUCAUCCCAGCGAAGGGGUGGCAGCCCUCUGGAGAGCAAGGAACCAAGGCUAUGACAGAAUUGCCUUCAAGGGUAAAUUUGUUAAUGGCACCACCCAGGUCUUAACUGAGUGUGGCCUGACCCUAAAUUCAAGCAAUGAAUUCUGCAAAUACCUGUACAGUGGUGGUGAAGAAGUCUUCUACUGUAUGAAGCCUCAACACAUGCCCUGUGAGGCCCUGACCCAUGUGUGUACCAAGCAGCAAGCUGUUUCUUUCCUUACUGACAAAGAAAAAGAUCUUUUCCAGAAGUCCAACAUAGGAGUUGAAAUGAUGAAGAACCCUAAGUAUAUUAGUGUCUUUCAAUGUAACAAGAGUGAAGAAAACAGGACACAGAAAUGUCAGAUGGGGACAGAGAUUCCCACACCUAGCGGUUACACCUUCCAAGGAAGGUGGAUAACAGCCCAGUGCAAGCAGAAUCUGUUAAACUCGAGUCAGAUAAAUGACUGUUUAAAAGGAAAACUCAUUUACCUCCUGGGAGACUCGACGCUUCGCCAAUGGAUCAACUACUUUCCAAAAGUUGCAAACACAUUGAAGCCUUUUGAUCUUCAUGGGACUGGACUAUAUAAGAAACACUUGCUUCUGGAUGCUGACAGGCACACUCUGGUUGAAUGGAAAAAACACAGCCAUCCUUUUAUCACGGUCCAGCUCUACUCUGUGAUAGAUGAUGGGUAUAUUCCUCAGGAAAUUGACCGCCUACCAGGUGACAAAGAUACUGUCAUCGUCAUCACCUUGGGCCAGCACUUCAGACCCUUCCCCAUGGAACUUUUCAUCCGUAGAGUCAUCAGCAUCCAAAAGGCUAUUGAACGACUCUUCCUCAGAGGCCCUAACACCAAAGUCAUCAUUAAGGCAGAGAAUAUCAGGGAGAUGUACCUGGAUACAGAGAAAUUCGGAGACUUCCAUGGUUAUAUUCAGUAUCUAACCAUGAAGGAUAUUUUCAAAGACCUUCAUGUGGGUUUCAUUGAUGCCUGGGACAUGACCAUUGCAUGUGGCAGCAAUAUUCUCCACCCACCUGACGAAGUGAUUAGAAAUCAGAUUGUCAUGUUUUUAAAUUACAUUUGCUAAAGCUACAUCACUAGAAGCCAAUGUCUACCAGACAUGCCAUGAGUUUCAUCAGUGAAAUUUUAUUCAAUUUAGGGUCUCAGGAAAAUCAAAUUUAAAAGAAUCUGCCUUGUAAUAGAGAUGCAACUCGGUUGAGUGUUUGCUUAGUAUGCAUGAAGCCCUGGGCCCACACAAGCAGAGCACAGUGGCACAUGCUUGUAAUUCCAGCACUCAGGAGGACAGAAGUUCAGUCAUCCUUAGUUACAUAGUCGGGUCAAGGAGAGCCUGGGCUACAUGAGACAGUUCCUUGAUUAAAGACCUGGUCCCAUCUCAACACAAGGGGAGGAGCUCUGUCCUGCCUCAACUUAAUGUGCCAUGCAUUGUGCAAGCCCAUGGGAAGCCUGUCUCUUUCUGAAUGGGGAUGGAGGAGAAGUGGAUGGGGAGGAGGCAGAUAGGAAAGGGGUGGGGAUGGUAGGAGAGCAGGGAGAGGAAACUAGUUGGUAUAUAAAAUAAAUGAAAAAUGUUAUUUAAAUAAAAUAUAAAAAAUAAAACGAACUAAAAUUUGGGUCAACAUUUUAAAAUAAUAUUUGUUCAGAUCUAUAUACUAUCUAGACACUGUCACUUUUUAUUAAUGUAUUUUAUUUUUAAUCAAAAUAUAAUGAUAUCAUUCACUGC